AGAAAGUGUGUGAAUGGACACAAAGCACAAAGCGGAGGACUUAAAAAUAAACGUAAAACGUCUUGUCUGGCAUCAAUCGGCGUCGCCGGCCGUCGUCGUCUCUGGCAAACACGGGGGCUGUUUUUCUCUCAUCGCUGCGAUCCCGAUGGAAAUGGGACCUGCGGCAUUCGGUACCGCGCUUCACCGCGUAGUCGCACAGGUACCGCGAACGUGAACGGUUGCGUUUUUUCUUUUUUGGUUUUUCAUUUUGGUUUCGGUUCCACCGGCUAGUCGUCGUCGGUUCCAGUAGGCUCCAGUGUGUGUUUUCAGGUGCACAGAAACAGAAAGAGAGCUCAACGGCCAGAGCGGGAACGAACCCGUCGGGUCGGAUCCCGUCGUCGGACGUCGUCGUAAUCGAAGUCACUGUUUUUCCAUCGACCGGGUCGCUUGGAGAAAGAGCAUUUUUUUGUUGCAUCGACGGUGGUGUGAAGAGUGCUCCUUGGUUUUUGUGUAUGAAUUCGAAAAAUUCCAAUCGAAAACUCGUUUUACCUUUUCUUUUCUUCGGUGCUCGUAAAAAAAAAGUUGUGUGUGGCAGCUGGAAGAACGAAGGGAAAAUUACCGAGCGAGUGCGCGCCGCCCGGAGUGUGUGUUUCAGAGUCGGUCUCCGUCCGUCCGUCCGUCCAUACACGAUAACAAGGUGGGCGAUUUAAUGGGACAUUGUUUGUCGUCGUUGUCGGACGUUGGACAGUGUCAAAAUUGGCAAACAUAUUGUGAGAAGAAACACACCGGAGGAGUAGAAGAAGAUUUUCCAUAGUGAGUGAGUGACGUAGUGAAAUGAGCACUAGCGAAACGGUGGUGGCCAAACCGGCGGCCAACGCGAAUCCACCGGCCGGCAAACAGUGGUGGAAGGUAUGCUUCCUGUACGGGAACCAGGAAAAGUAUUACCGACAAAUCUACGCGAAAGCUGCCUCCGAACGGAUAGCUCAUGCCGCACAAACCAAAAACAACAAUAGCAAAAACGCCGGAACCGGGCUAUCGUCCGGCAAGGCGGCCAUCAUAUUUCCGACCAAACAGCACCGACCAAUUUUACUGAACGGAACACGAAAGGACGCGGAUUCGGACAAGGCGGCUCCGGCCGGUAAGAAACGUGUCACCGUGCUGGACGAUUCGUUUUUGCUGGGGGUUAGCGAAGAUGAGCAACGGUCGGACAGUGGCAUUAACAUCGAUGCCGUUUCCAGCCCACCGGAAGAGCCAAACUCCCGUGGGAUGAGACGAAAUUUCCACUUGAGUAACGAAGAACUAAGACUUUUGUACUCGGAAUCACCCGGUGGGGGACAUCUGAUCAAAACGGUCGGUGUCCCGAUACCGUCGCCUAUUGUAAGUCACUGUGGGAGCCCACAAAUUGCACCUAAUUCAUCACAAUCAUCAUCAUCAUCAUCGGUGUCGUCGUCACCGGCAGUCGGACUACCCGGCGGCAACAUGAGCAGUCCAGCAGUCCCCGGCGGUACCAGUCCGUGUUUUUCACCGUGCCCCGACGUUCUGGUCACCAACGGCAGCAACAAGAUCACCCCACCAACCGUCGUCGUGCCAAUGUCGUCGUCGUCGUCGUCGUACCCAUACCAAAAACCUUCCUUCGAGUACGACAUGAACCGGGUCCCGCUGAGUCCCCAGGCGGCGUACCACAAGUCGCUUCAGCAUCAUCCGGCCUCGGCGAUUCCGUCGCCGGCUUCGGUGAGUGACUUCCUACCGCCACUGCAACCACAAUCGCAACCGUUGCAGCUUCAACAACAACAACAACAACAACAGGACAUCGGCCACGGAGGGCCACGGUCGAUUUACAGUGCGCACGCUCUUUCGCAGACCAGUAGCAACCUGCAUCCCCAGCACCUGCAGCAUCUUCAUGGACCAUAUCAGCCACAGCCGGUUGCACCUGCGUUAUAUCAUCACUCACCACGAGGUCAACAGCAGCAGCAGCAAACUUUUUCACCGAAUUUCCCUCCCAACCACCACCAGCAGCAACAUCAACAGCAACAAAUUCACGGAGGAGGAGGAGGAGUCGGUGUCAGUGGCGGUGGUCACAAUUACUCCCAGUCCGACGAUGACAGUGGUUGUGCACUAGAGGAGUACACUUGGGUUCCUCCCGGUCUUCGGCCGGACCAGGUCCAUCUGUACUUCUCGGCCAUCCCCGAGGACAAGGUUCCGUACGUAAACAGUAUCGGCGAGCGUCAUCGGGUCCGCCAGUUGCUCCAGCAGCUUCCACCCCACGAUAAUGAGGUGCGAUACUGUCAUUCAUUGACCGAUGAAGAGCGCAAAGAGCUGAAACUUUUCUCCGCCCAACGGAAACGAGAAGCACUUGGCCGCGGUACGGUGAAGCAGCUUGCCACGAAUAAGAUUUGCGAUGGGUGUGGCGAAUGCAUUUCCUCCGGUGACAUGGGAGUCUCGGCGUCUCGGUUUGAUCCGGGCACCUGCUGGCACCCGGCUUGCUUCAUUUGCUCGGUGUGCAAGGAACUGCUGGUCGAUCUGAUUUACUUCCACCGGGAGGCCCGGUUGUACUGCGGAAGACACCACGCGGAGACGCUGAAACCGAGGUGUUCGGCGUGCGAUGAGAUUAUACUGGCCGAUGAGUGCACGGAGGCGGAAGGUCGGGCGUGGCACAUCAAGCACUUUGCCUGUUUCGAGUGCGACAAACAGCUCGGCGGUCAACGGUACAUAAUGCGCGAUGGUAAACCGUACUGUCUGCAUUGCUUCGACGCCAUGUUUGCCGAAUACUGUGAUUUCUGCAGUGAACCGAUCGGUGUGGACCAGGGUCAAAUGAGCCACGAUGGUCAGCAUUGGCAUGCGACGGACAGUUGCUUUGCCUGUAGUACCUGUCGAUGUUCGCUGCUCGGUCGGCCAUUCUUGCCACGCCGGGGUGAGAUUUAUUGCUCUAUAGCGUGUAGUAAAGGUGAGCCGCCCACGCCUUCCGACGGUUCAGUGCCCACCGUUCUGCCCACGCGAGCUCGCCUGCGAGGAAGUGAACGUCCGCUGGACGACGGUACCGAAUAUCAACCGCAUUUGCCAAAGUCACCCGAACCGCUGCAGAGUCCCAUUAGCGAGCGAAGUACUCCUCAGUCCAGCCCUGCCAAACACUCGCACACGGAAAUAUCCACCAACAUAUCAAGUUCGGUUCCGGCGGGCAGCGAAUUGAACGAACACAAUUUCUCCGUUUCGGCGGAUAACGAACUGCCAACCUACACCGGAAGUGGAGCUACCUCGCCCGUGUCAUCCCGCACGAAUCCCUACACCGAAACAGGUGGUGACCUGAUUGAUUACCACCAUCAACCGCAGCAGCAUGAAUCUUUGCCCCCGCUGAACUCCAGCCACCGAAGAAUCCCUCAGUGUUCACCGGAACUUACCCGGCUACUGCACAAGGAUCGUAGCCGGCAACCUUUGGAUCUGACGGAUCUAAGCCUAAGCUUAGACAACUGGCAAGCCGAUCAGCACGGGCAGCUAACCAGCGUUCCCAGCAUAGCGAAAACCAAUCCAGCACUAACCUCAUCGAUGCCGGAGCUAACCCAACAGCUUCAGCAGCAGCAGCAACACCAACAACAACAAUCACCCUAUCAUCAUCCGCAGCCAGCAUACGACGAUAUUAGCCCGUUGGACAAAUCAAGUGCAAUAGACCCGGAUGAUGCCAUCCAGAAUGCGUCCGAUGCGUCACACUCCAUCGUUGAACUACCAACCCCGCCACCAAUAGUAAUUAAGAAGGAAGUUCGCUUCGAGGGAGACUUCCAGGAUUCGCUGCCCCGCACGAAAAACUACUGCUCCCGGUCCGGUGGUAAUCGGACGCGUUCCUCCAAAUCGAAGCGCCGAUCCGGUGGCCAUCACCACCACGGUCAACGUUCGGACCGAACGGAGCACGAGACGCGAUCCUCCUCCUCCUCCGGUAGCCGACGGUCUCCACGGCGGAGAGGCCGCGCACCGGUCGAGAUUGAGUUGGAACCGGAAGGGGAUGAUUCGGACGCGCGCAGCGUCUGUUCUACCUGUUCGUCCAGUUCUUCCAGCGCCGACGACGACGUGUACGAGCUGCCGAUGCGGCGGACCUAUGGCGGAACGCGGAUCCACUAUAUGCCAAACAAUUCGCUUGCGUGCGCCCGGAAGCGGAAGCAACUGCAGACUAGCCAUCCGUACGAGAAAGACAAUAAAAACUGUAUCAUAUCGUGAGACCCCCGAGAGUUCAAUGGGACUUUGCUUCCUUUUGAGGGCUGUAGGUUAAGUAGGGCUGUACAUUUUUCCUCCGUGACAGAAUGUAACGCGUAACCAAAUUGUGAAUCGAAAUAGCAUUUCAAGUGUUUUUUUUGACAACGGAAAAGUAAUAUAAUAUUUAAAAAUAAAAAAAAAACAGUGUAUAAACUGCAGGUUUGAAUGUAUUUUGAUUAUUCGGUGUUGAAAUUCUAUAUUAUGGAACAAAAUAUUUUUAAACAAAACAAUUACUCGAGAGAUUUUGUGAGAGAUUUUCGUAUUCAAAGGCAAACAGUUCACGUACCAAUACAAAGCAGAAUGUAUGCUCAUAUCUUAUGUGUAAGAAUUUUUAUAUAUAAUAGUUUGAUAGAAAUAAAUUUUUACUGGAAAGUUGAA